CGUAGCUGUGGAGUACAUGAGCUCGUCUGCAUCAGAAAAGUGUCUCCUGAGGCUCUGGGGUUCGUCUCUGCCAUCGGGUUCUUUGCUUUUCUCAUGGUCCUCAUUUUUCUGUACCUCAAUAACAAGCUGUCCAUUGAGAGUGCUGCUCCCCGACCCCUCGAGCAUUACAGGAAGAGCAAGGAACUGCCAGAUAAGGGGUAUGGAGAGGCAGAUUUUCAGGGUUCAUCGUCAGACAGCGACGAUGAGGUGAUGGGACAGUACCAGGAAGCCGUAUCCCGCUCACAGGGUCUCCGGGGCGGCUGUGCUGGGAGCGGCGUCCACCACCACAAGGGCUACAGCUGGGGCACACGGAGGAAAUACUGCCCCCUAGUGGCCGAGUAUGAUGGCUACAGCAGCGAGGCCUCUGCAGAGGACGUGAACUGCAUCCAGAGAAUGAGGCGGACUCCACCCCUGGACGAGCUCCAGCCUCCGCCCUACCAGGACGAGGACGGCUCCCCGCGCAUGUCGUGCACGCCCUCUGACCUCGGCGACGCCAAAUGCGACCUGUCCCGCCGUGGGAGCGACAGCCCUCGCCAUGGCUACGCCAAAGGCCCUCCCAGCGAGAGUAGCCGCGGCGCUGACAGCUACCUCAAGGGCUACGAGGAGGACGUGCCCAGCGACAGCACGGCCGUGCUGAGCCCGGAAGACCUGUCGGCCCGUGGUUCUUCAGCCCUGCUCCCCAAGUCGUACGAGCCGGAGCCGCUGUCUCAGUAUGGAACGCUGGACGUCGUCUUCGACUACGAUUCCUGCGACCAGCGGCUGUCCGUCACCGUGACAGCGGUGACGGACAUCCCAGCAGCCAAGCGUACGGGCAACGUCUCAUGGCAGGUGCACCUGGUGCUGCUGCCCACCAAGAAGCAGCGCGCCAAGACUGGCGCGGCGCGGGGGCCAUGCCCCGUGUUCACAGAGACGUUCCGCUUCAGCCACAUCGAGUCGGAGAUGAUCGGCAACUAUGCCGUGCGCUUCCGACUCUACAGCAUCCGACGCAUGAAGAAAGAGAAGGUGCUGGGUGAGAAGGUCUUCUACCUCACCAAGCUGAACCUACAGGGCAGGAUGUCCGUGCCCGUCAUCCUGGAACCCUGCUGCAGCGUAGCCGGCAGCGAGUCCCAGAUGAGCGUGUACGACGCGUCAUGCAGCGAGACAGUCUCGUCAUUCCCGUCAGCGGGUCAGGGUACAGCUCCUGAGAUCCUGCUGGGGCUGGUAUACAAUGCCACCACCGGGCGCCUCUCCGUCGAGGUCAUCAAAGGAAGCCACUUCAAGAACAUAGCUGCCAACAAGCCACCCAACACUUAUGUAAAGCUGACCCUGCUGAACUCCAUGGGUCAGGAGAUGUCCAAGUGCAAGACGUCCAUCUGCCGUGGGCAACCCAACCCCACGUACAAGGAGACCUUCGUGUUCCAGGUGGCUCUCUUCCAGCUCUCUGACGUGACCCUCAUCCUUUCCGUUUACAACAAGCGCAGCAUGAAGCGGAAGGAGAUGAUUGGCUGGAUCUCGCUGGGCCUGAACAGCUCCGGGGAGGAAGAGCUGACCCACUGGACCCAGAUGAAGGAGUCGAAAGGGCAGCAGGUGUGUCGGUGGCAUAGCCUCCUGGAGUCGUAAGUCUGCGAGGAUGACGACGACGAAGAUGAUGAUGACGACGAUGAUGACCACGACGAGGAAGGGGAUGAAGAUGGGGGAGACAAGAAACUGAAACAAGGGGGCGCAAGAAGCAGGUCACACCCACGACUGACCCCGGCAAGCCCGAGCUGGCCCCAGAGGCAGUGCACUAUGGGAACUGGAAGUUAGGGGUCGGGGUGAAGAAAUUCUGGGCCCUGAGUGUUAUGGUACAGGAGGGAUUUGGAAGUUGCACUAGGGUCAGAAACAUCUUGCCUUUAAUGGAGAGAGAUUCUUUGUCUUUUCAAAUCUGCUGAUUUGUUUAAGCU